UCUGGAACCUGAAAAAAGAGUACCGGAAUAGCACGCGAGAAAUGCGCGAGACAUGCGGUGAGUGUAAGCGCAAGGGAGAUCUGAAGAUGUGCAUUUGCGGAAGCGUAUGCUACUGCUCCGCCGACUGUCAGCGAAGGGCGUGGCGCAAAAGCCAUCGUGAAGUCUGCUUUUGCGGUCCGGUGAGGAUCUGCCUCGACGGCACGAACACUGUCCGCAGCGCACAUCCUGACUCCCUGACGCAUUCCGAGCGCGCCUACUUUAGACAUUGCACGCACGCGAUACUCCGAAAGAACGGCGAACCAGAGAAACUACGGUCCGUUCGCUCUGUGGUAGUGGAUCUCGUGACCUUCGCACUGGCGACGAAGCGGAUAUGGCGAUCUAGACGAGUCGGCGAAAGAGCUCGACGACAGAGCCAUCCAGUACUGGGUGAAGGUGAGCCGGGGAGGCGUCGUGUAUUUGCUUCAAGUCGAUGUUGUCUCGCGCGAGAGCGCUUAGAAGGGCUGAAGGGUGUAGUCUUCGAACAUGUGUGUGGGGGUGCCCCGUCCUCGUCCAUCGACUCUGCACAUACAUAUCAAUAGCACCUCGCAUUCAUCCUAUCAGAUAGAAAA